AUGCAGCCCUGGUUGGAGAUGUCUCAGCCAGAGGGUGCCAGUGCUGAACACUCAAUAUUUCUCGAUUAUCCCUACGACUUCAUUGCUUUCGUCCCAUUGAAGGCUGCCAAAAGACGACAUUGGCCGGUCUUCUACGGUGGAACGGUCAUGGUCAUCAUCUUUUGGCUCAUUACCCCCUUGCAGAGCGCUAUACUCGGAACAGGGCCUGUGAAUAUUCAGAGGUUUAUGAACACCACGACGUCCCAGGAAACAAUUUCAUCUUCAGAUCAACCACCGAUUCUGGAUCAGUCUAUCCUCAACGAAGGUUAUGCCAUCACUUGGUUGAACCAAUCUCUGCCACCUUUCACAGCACCAGAUUAUACCCUCCUACCAUUCACAGCUAACACAGAGCGGGAGCACACACCUACAACCAACUGGACAGGUAGUACAACCAAAUUUUGGACUCAACUAGAGUGUUGGCCAGGCGAGAUCUCCCAUCAUGGCUCCCCGCAGAAAAGGACCUAUGAUUUCAUCAAUGGCCGAGGCUGCAAUGCCAGCGACAUCGACGUGUACGGUUCUACUACUGGCGAAAGGCCGUACAAGAUGCUCUAUGUUGGCUACCAGAACAGUGCGUGGGCUGACUACUACCUGGCGAGGGAUGAUACCUGCCCUCCGAGCGCGGCCGGUCACCAAUUCCUGUCCAUGUGGUCGCACUGGAAUGUAACCUUGCAAGAGAUCAAGAUAGCGUCGGCUUUCUGCGAAACCAGCUACUUCAAACAGCAGGUCAACGUCACUGUCUCUUCAACCGAUCAGGCACCAAUAGAGAAUUCCUUGGUACCCACUGGCCCCCGCGAACGCCUACCAGAGACGGAGUUCAACUACACUGCUUUCGAGCACCUUUUGGGAGUCGGAGUCUCCUCCGUAGAAAGCACAACGAGGCGGGAGUAUCCCUUUCAAGGCAUCCUACUCGAGCAUUAUCAGCAGGUCCAGGAUUUGGGCAUCAUCUGGCCCAUGCCACCGAUGGUAGGAUUUGCCAUCGCGGCUCAAAACAGGACACAAUUGGAUGCAUUCGAAAACGAGACUGUCAUGGGAGAUGCCUACAACAAGACACACAAGAUGCUUUUUUCUCUUGCACUGCGACGUGUCCUAGCCAAUAGUACCAGCACAAUCAUGAGUGAGGGAAGAAUCGAUUAUGUGCUACAUGGCAUCAUCGUCAGCCGCCUGUUUUCCGCCAUCGUUGAAGGCCUCCUAGGUCUCGUGGGAAUUUUCACAAUCCUUCUUUGGUGGCAUGGCUUCCGAGCUGCGAGCAGGUUGACCAUGGACCCGGCUUCACUUGGAUCACUCAUCAGCCUCUGUCAGAACAGUACGGUUCUUCUUGACCGAUUCGCUGGGAAGGGGGCUGUAUCCGAAGACACUCUCAAAGAGGCCUUUAAAGAUCAAAGAUUCAAGCUGUUCUGCGGUUGUCAGAGUCGUACAAGACAGAUGGUUAUCAAGGUUGUCGAUGUCAGAGAUGGUCCCGCCGAUGGUCAACGCAUUAGUUUAUCCCAGCCUGAGAACCCCUUCUCGGUUGGUCACUACUCACCAGUGAAGCCUUUGGCUCUGAGACGCGGAAUCGGUUUCGCAGUGAUAUUAGCUAUGAUCAGCGCUGUUGUUGCGCUCGUCUAUCUGAAGCUGGAGGAAAAAAAGAAUAGAGGGCUCAUUCGGCCGACAACAAACUUCGAGGUCCUACAGAUCCUGGAAAACUAUGUUCCGACGAUAUUUGCUACACUUCUCGAGCCUUUUUGGGUGCUUGUCAACCGACUCCUCUGCAUCAUCCAACCAUUCCGGGAUCUAUGGACGGGUCGAAAGACUGCUGGCGGAUCUAUCAACGCAAGAUACACGUCUGUGCCUCCUCAACUGGCACUAUGGCGCGCAGCGAAGUCUGGUCAUUUCAUGCUCAUGGCGAUAUGUGUCUUGGCGCUACUUUCGAAUCUACUCGCCGUCGGCCUCGGUGGUCUCUUCAAUGAAUUUCCGAUAGUGAUUCAAAGUCCGCAAGAGUUUCAGCAGAGCCUUAUGCCACAGUUGAACGGCACAGCAAUCUACUCCGACCAGGCCAGGCAGCUAUUUGCUAGUAGUGUUGCAGCUUAUGGUGUGCCUUUCUACGACGAUGCAGCUUAUGGUACACCUCUUCCCGCUUGGAUUACCCAUGACUACUUUUUCCAGCCAUUUACCCUUGGACCCGGGGUUGAGGGUACGAGCGAUAGCUAUACGGCACGAACGAGAGGAUUCGGCUUGAACCCGUCAUGUUCCUCCAUCGGGACCUUCGAAUCGACGGUCAAAGCUCCCGUGAUCAACUACACAUAUACCCGUAACGGUGAAGCUGUUCCCAACUGCCCGACUACUCACCAGGCUUACUCGUUCGAUUUCAACGCCACCCAGCACUUACCACAGAAGGGAGAAUGUGCAGCUGAGGAGGUCAGGAUGUUUGGCGACAGCAACAAUUUGGUUCCUUGCAACGUUGCUUUCAGCAUGGGCUGGGCAAGGGCCCCGAAUAUCACGGACAAGAAGGAUGGAAAGAUGGAAUCUACUUUUGUCGUUUGCGAGCCGACCUUCACGACAGCAAUGUUCGACGUCACCGUAGACCGCGACGGUCGCGUCUUCCACUCCGUUCUGGCAUCCGAGCCGUCGCCGACUCUCGAUUACCCCAUGUCCACCAACCACACCGACGCGAUCGCGGUCCUGCUCAACAAGAUCUUCUUCAAAGACGGGUUACGAUGGCACAACGACAGCCUGUCCCUGGACUGGUUCAACUACCUGAUCAAGAUCUCCGACCCGGACAGCCACGUCCUCGACCCGACCGUCUUCCCGAACGCGACCGCCCUCGCACCGACCGUCGAACGAAUCUACCGACAGCUCUACGUCCUCAUGCUGGGCCUGAACCCGUCCUUCCUCUUCCUCGAAUACCCGCAGCCCGUCACCAUCAUGGGGGGCGUCCAGCGCAGGACCGAGACGCGCAUCUUCAUGGACGCCACCGCGCUCGUCAUCAGCCUGGUGGUGCUCGGCAUCAACAUCGUCGUCGCCGCCGCGCUCUACGGCUUCUCCAUCAAGCACUUCCUCCCCCGCAUGCCGACGACCAUCGGGUCGAUCCUCGCCUACAUCGCGCCGAGCAGGGCGGUACGCGAGUACGACGGGCCCGAGAGCCUACAGGGCGCGACGUUCAGUUUCGGACGGUACGUUGGCGACGACGGGCGGGCGAACGUGGGCAUCGAACUCGACCCGUUCGUGGUGCCGGUUAAGCUUUCUUCGCUGAGAAAGGGGGAUACGGAACCCAGGAAAGGAUUGCUGAGUCGGGUGAUGGGUAGGAGGGCCGAGAAGGGCGGGGAUACCUGGCUAUGA